AUGGACUCCAGCGCGGGGGAACAUGGCAUGGCUCGACUUGGAUUGUUUUUGGUGGUGAUGCUGGGGCUGAUGUGGAGAUUUUGCGAUGCCUGCCCCGCAUCCUGCACUUGCAGCAUCUCAAGGAUUGUUUGUAUUGAUUCCGCGCCGGGGAUCGAGGAUUUCCCCGUGCUCACGUUGGAUGACAUGGAAAACAUCACCGAGAUAUACAUUGCAAAUCAAAACAGACUGUUUGACAUGAAUGACAACAGUUUGAGACACUACAUAAACCUCAGAAACCUAACAGUGAUAAACACCAGAUUGACAUCGAUAUCAUCAGACGCAUUUUUCAACAACACAAGACUUCAAUACGUAAAUCUCAGAGACAACAAUCUAUCGACGCUCUCAUGGAGAACAUUUCAGAACUUUAACAUAACAUUAGCGCUCUUCCUGUAUGGAAACCCUCUGGAUUGUAUUUGUGAGAACUUGUGGAUCAAACUGAGGCUCCUAGAAGACAUGGACGGCCAGGAUCUGAAAUGCAUGGAUGAUAGAGGGGAGACGACGGCCUUCGCCAAACUCACUCCACCGGACUGUGUGGUUCCCAAAGUGGAGCUCACUCCAAAGACUGUGACCCAGAUGCAGGGGAGCAACGUCGAAGCUGUGUGCACCACCACAGGUUCCCCUCUCCCUGAGCUCCUGUGGAACCUGGACCUGCUCUCCACACAACACGAGAUCGAAGCACUGGAAACAAAGAGCACCCUCACCUUGUCAGGCCUGUCUCCUGACGAUAAUGGCAGGGUGAUCAUAUGCAGCGCUGAGAACAUGGUCGGUCAGACGGAGGCCACCCUGCAGCUUAAUAUUCUCUUUGCCCCCACCAUCCAGCAGCUGUUGAAGCCCGAGCAGAACCACCACUGGUGCAUCCCCUUCAGCGUGACGGGGAACCCCAAGCCCAAGCUCGAGUGGUACCAGGACAACAAGCACCUCAAGGAGCAGGACUACGUCCACACGCAGAUCCACCUGUCCACCGACACCGAGGACCACGGCUGCCUGCAGCUGGUCAACCCCACGCACAUUCACAAUGGCGUGUACAGGCUGGUGGCAAAGAACGAGUUCGGCCGGGACGAGAAGAAGGUGUCUGCCCAGUUCAUGGAACCACUAGGUAUGACUGCUCUGGAUGAGCCCCUCUACUACUAUUCCCCGCUCCCCCCGUUGGAUGACAGUGUUGCUGUGUAUGUAGUUGUUGGAAUCGCAGGAGUUGCAUUGACCGGCUGUGUCCUGAUGGUGAUCAUUCUGAAAUGUGGAAGAAACUCCAAGUUUGGUAUUAAAGGCUCCUCCUCAGUCAUCAGUAACGACGAUGACUCCGCCAGCCCUCUUCAUCACGUCUCCAAUGGCAACAACACCCCGUCGUCCUCGGAGAUGGGUCCAGACGCGGUGAUCAUCGGCAUGACAAAGAUUCCCGUCAUUGAGAACCCACAGUACUUCCGUAACUCCGGCAGCAUGCUGAAAUCGGACACGUUUGUCCAGCACAUCAAGAGACACAACAUCGUCCUGAAGCGGGAGCUGGGAGAGGGAGCCUUCGGGAAGGUCUUCCUCGCCGAGUGCUACAACCUGACACCAGACCAGGAGAAGCUCCACGUGGCAGUGAAGACCCUGAAAGAGGGCAGCGAGAGCGGCCGGGCAGACUUCUACAGGGAGGCCGAGCUGCUCACCAACCUGCAGCACGAGCACAUCGUCACCUUCUACGGCGUGUGUGUCGACAGCGACCCCCUCAUCAUGGUGUUUGAAUAUAUGAAGCAUGGGGACCUCAACAAGUUCCUCAGGUCUCACGGUCCUGAUGCAGUGCUGAUGUCAGACGGUCAACACAGUCUCAUGGUGGAGCUCACCCAGUCCCAGAUGCUGCACAUUGCCCAGCAGAUUGCGGCUGGCAUGGUCUACUUGGCCUCUCAGCACUUUGUCCACAGAGACUUGGCAACCAGGAACUGCCUGGUCGGAGAAAACCUGCUGGUCAAGAUAGGGGACUUUGGCAUGUCCAGAGACGUCUACAGCACCGACUAUUACAGAGUGGGCGGUCACACGAUGCUGCCGAUCCGCUGGAUGCCCCCGGAGAGCAUCAUGUACCGGCGGUUCACCACGGAGAGCGACGUGUGGAGCCUCGGGGUGGUGCUGUGGGAGAUCUUCACCUACGGCAAACAGCCCUGGUACCAGCUCUCCAACAAUGAGGUGAUCGAGUGCAUCACCCAGGGCCGCGUGCUGCAGCGGCCCCGCACCUGCCCCAAGGAGGUGUACGACCUGAUGCUGGGCUGCUGGCAGAGGGAGCCCUACAUGAGGCUGAACAUCAAGGAGAUCCACAGCAUGCUCCAGAGCCUCGCCAAGGCCUCGCCCGUCUACCUGGACAUACUGGGCUGA